AUGCCUGAGGAGUCAAAUGAGGACGAGGCCAGCACACUCGCUCGCACUCUCCUGGUGUGCAAAUACCUCACCACGCUGGAUUUGACACCAAAGCAGUUCAUGGUCACCUUCAUGUCUUCUAACCACCCCGAUUUAAUCUUUCGAAGACGCAUGAUGAAAGUGGGCAAGGCUUUCAAACAAACCCGUUCGAUUGUCCGGAAUUUCGGUCGUUUGUCACGAGGUUGCGCACAUGGCCAAGCCAAUUGGGAGUCUUUGAUUUUGGAAGAGGCCACCGAUAUCGUCAAUGCGCAAGACCUACCACGGGGGCAUUUUCCAGGCGGAGCAUAUGUCAGUUCCAGAAGGAUUACCCCGGACUAUUUCAGCAACAGUUCAGAAAUACUACGAGACUCCCAAGUGACAAUGGGUAUGAGCUUUCUGCACUCACUGCUCAAAAACAAGCUGGCGUUCGGAAUGAAUCAAGUGCCCCCCGUCACUGACGACAAGGGCGAAAAUGUAUGUGACCCGAUGGAUGAAUCACAAACUGCCAGCAAUGCGGGGGUAACACGUGGCCUUUUGGAUGCACGUGGAACUGUGUUCAAUGAUCAAGAAGAUGAAGGAACAGUUAUGUCAAUGGAGAACAUGGUUUUUGUUAAGGCAUCGGCCGCGGAUCAAAAAGCCCUCAAACUUACCAAGGCAAGCCCCCUCUGA